GAUGCCCUAACUGAGCUGAGAAUCCGGUCGUCCUGUUGGUUCUGUCUCGCAUCUCGCUCCCUUCCUUCGAACAGAAGCCGGUCCGAGGACUGAAACUUGGCGGCGCCGGCGGUAGUCUUCACGCAUCUCCGGCCGCUGGCGAAAAAGGGCGAGCUCCCCCGUCGCGACGCUAGGCAUGUGGUAAGGGGAAGUUGAGCUGCAAGUGGCCAUUAUCAGAAUGGAUGGAAGUAGUGAGAAUAUCCAGUUCUCAUGGGGAAACAAGAGAGCUAAAGGUGGUGCCAAGAUGGAUACACAGUUCUAUGGUUCCUUCACAUUUGACAAUGUGAAGUACUCAUUGUAUGACUCUGUGUAUCUUUUUAAAAAUGGUGAUCCUGAGCCGUACAUUGGAAAGAUAUUAAAGAUAUGGCAGCAGAAGCAAGCUAAGAAAGUAAAAAUUCUUUGGUUUUUCUCCCCGGAUGAGAUCAGAAGUUACUUAAGCGGUCCUGUGGCGGAAAAGGAGAUAUUUCUUGCUUCUGGUGAUGGCACUGGCCUUGCUGAUAUCAAUCCACUGGAAGCUAUUGCUGGAAAAUGCACUGUUGUUUGCCUUUCAAAGGAUGAGAGGAAUCGCCAGCCUACUCCAAGGGAACAAGAAGUUGCUGAUUAUAUCUUCUAUAGGUUCUUCGAUGUUGGAAACUGCACACUUUCUGAUAAAGUACCUGAAAAAAUUGGAGGGCUGGAAGUAAACAGUCUGCUUAAUCCUAAAGACGAGCAAGUUACAUGCUAUCCGGAUCAGGAUACGCAAGGCGUGGAUCAGAAGUUGGGUGCAGGUCUGGUUGCACCCCUUCCACAGUCAGCGGUUGAGAUGGAGGAUGAAAAUCCAGUUGCUGCAGUGACCCCUCCCCAGUCAGGGGCUAUUCCUCUCCCUCCAGCAGUCAAAGAGGAGGAUAAAGCAAAGGUUGCUGCCGUUCCUCUCCCCUCAGCAGUUAAGGAGGGUGUUCCCAAACCAACACAAGAUAUUCCUAAACGCACACAGCAAGAUCUUUCUGAGAAGAUGCCUUCCAAGAAGUUGAAAUUAUCCCAAGAUCUUACAGGACUGAGUGUGGCCCCAGUUCCUGACGUGAAAGUUCACCCUGGUCAGGCUGUUGACCGAAGCAACUGGUUCAAAGCUCUUCCAUGGGAUGAGGAACUACAAGUGUCUGAUGAGGAGGGGAGACUAGUGUAUAUCCAGAAUCUGGACAUACAGUUUGCAGCUUCUGACAUAGUGGAACUUAUUCGUGAGGCGCUUCAACUAACUUGUAGAGCUCGGCCUAUAAACCACCCGACCUAUGAUGAUCCCAACAAUGGAAAAGCUUAUGCUGUAUUUAAAUCUAAAAAAGCUGCCGAUGUUGCUAUUUCGAAGAUCAAUUCAGGCUUGGUAGUGGGUGGAAGACCAAUUUACUGCAGCAAAGGGUUACUUAAGAUUAAAAAACCUUCAGGAGCUCUAGUUGGGCACUUAACCAUCAGUAAUCAAAAAAGGAGUCGAAGACAACGAGAAGACCAGGAGAAGGCAGUAUCGACCUCACAUUGCUCUCAACCCAACACAAUAGAAUAUGACCUGGCAUUGGACUGGAUGCUUGUCCGAGAAAAGCAAGCAAGAAAGUUCAGUAUACUUCAUAAGAAGCACGCAGAUGAGAGGAAGUCGUUUGCAGCAAAGAUUGGGAAGUAGCGUUAUUGGAAUUGCUUAACCAACGGGAACCAGCCUGUUUUUCUGCGUGUCAGUUGUCGGAUGGGGUUCUCAACUGAUUAUCGUCUCUUGGAUCUUGGUGUGUUGUUGUCACCUGAAGCAACCACCUACCUGCAAGUUUUGUCGCAAUUGCAACAUUAUGGGUCAAUGGUUUAUUUUUUGGCUUCAAUUCUGUUGAAUUCCGAGGGGAAAUCUAACUGCACCUUAGGAUGUUCUUUGUUACGGAGGAAAGGUAUAGAGGGGGAAAUUUCUCAGGACGUAGCUUCAGGAAUCAGAGUAGCGGGAAAUGUCUCAGGACAUUGUUUCAGGAAUCAGAGUAGUAUUGUAGAAGUAGCCCUUGCAGCAAGCAUGAGGCUGUUUUAGGCUAACUGUAGGCCACCGUGCACAUCUGUAGUCUGUGGCUACGUAUUUUCAGGUAGCAAAUGAUGAACUAUGUAUGUUCCAGAAGUUCAUGGCUUGGCUACCUGUUCUCAUUCA